GAAACCCAUAUAAAAGCCCAAUCUCCCAUCAAACAUCAUCAUCAUCAUCAUCAUAUAACACUUUCUCUCCAGAUCUUUCUCUCUCGCCAAUUGGACCCUGGAGUAAGUUGAAUCAUCCCCUUUUCAUUUGACCUCGAUCUGUUUGAUUUUGACUUGUUAAUCUCUAUCAAGAUCCACAGCUGCAUUCACUUCAUUUUUAACCCUAAUCUUACCAAUGUCAAUCUCAUCUUUACUUUCGUUUUAUUGAUUGAUGAUUGAUUUUUGGAUUAAGCUUGAUUAGGGUCCAUCUUCAUCAUCUUUGAUUUAUUGAUUGUUUUUGUUAUGUUCUGUGUGAUUGUGAUUCAUUUAUUUGGUUUUGAUCUUAAAUGAGACGCCGUUCGCCGGUGAUUCCAUCGACGGAUCAUAUGGAAAAAGGGACUAAUAAAUCCCAGCAUUCUCGUCUUUGUGUAUUAGGGUUUCUUUGUGUCUUCUUUUGGGGGUUUUUGUUGUACUUCCAUUUUGUUGUGAUUGGUGGUAGAACAUUUCAUGAUUAUAGUGUACAAGUUAAUCCCASUUCAUCUGAGUCUAGGGUUCCUAAAACCAUCCCUGUUAUUCAGCCAAUUUCUACUAUUCAUCAAACUCCUGUAGUUGAUAUUCAUAAUGAAUACAAUCAUGAUGAAGCUGUGAAUAGGGAUUUGGUUGUAGCUGAACCGAAAAAAGCCCAACCAGAUCCUGUAAUGGAACAGAAACCUGAUGAUCUUGUAAACCCUCAACCAGAUCCUGUAGUUGAACAGGAAGCUCUUAAUCUGGAUAAGCCGAAAGAUUUCCCGUUCAUGAAGGCGUUAAGAACCGUAGACAACACGAGUGAUCCGUGUGGAGGGAGAUAUGUUUAUGUUCAUGAUCUUCCUUCGAGGUUUAAUGAGGAUAUGCUUAAGCAGUGUAGGAGUCUUAGCAAAUGGACCAAUAUGUGUAAGUUCACYACAAAUGCUGGACUUGGACCUCCAUUGGAGAAUACCGAAGGGGUAUUUUCGGAAAAAGGAUGGUAUGCCACAAAUCAGUUUGCAGUUGAUGUUAUCUUUAGUAACCGGAUGAAACAGUAUGAGUGCUUGACGAAAGAUUCGUCACUUGCUGCAGCGAUCUUUGUGCCAUUCUACGCAGGGUUCGACAUCGCAAGAUAUCUUUGGGGAUAUAAUAUCUCCAUGAGGGAUGCUGCGUCUCUUGAUCUCGUUGAUUGGUUACAAAAGAGACCCGAGUGGAGCAUAAUGGGCGGAAAAGAUCAUUUUCUUGUUGCGGGCAGGAUCACGUGGGAUUUCAGGAGAUUAAGUGAAGAAGAAACGGAUUGGGGUAAUAAGCUUUUGUUUUUACCGGCUGCUAAAAACAUGUCGAUGCUCGUUGUAGAAUCGAGUCCAUGGAAUGCAAACGAUUUCGCUAUUCCAUAUCCAACUUAUUUUCAUCCAUCAAAAGAUGCUGAAGUGUUUGCAUGGCAGGAUCGGAUGAUGAAUUUAGAUAGGAAAUGGCUGUUUUGUUUUGCCGGGGCACCUCGCCCGGAUAAUCCUAAGUCAAUUAGGGGUCAGAUCAUCGAUGAAUGCAAGAAUUCAGAAGUUGGAAAGCUUUUGGAAUGUGAUCUUGGCGAGAGCAAGUGUCAUUCCCCGAGUAGUAUAAUGCAGAUGUUCCAAAGCUCAACUUUUUGUCUACAACCUCAAGGUGAUUCUUACACGAGAAGAUCGGCUUUUGACUCGAUGUUGGCUGGYUGUAUUCCGGUUUUCUUUCACCCCGGUUCUGCAUAUACACAAUACACUUGGCAUCUUCCAAAAAACUACACAAAGUAUUCGGUUUUCAUCCCRGAGGAUGACCUUCGCAAGAAGCAUAUCAGUCUUGAGGAACGGCUCGGCCAAAUCCCUCCUGAUCAGGUUAAGAUGAUGAGAAAGGAGGUCAUAAAUCUGAUCCCGAGGCUAAUAUACGCAGACCCACGUUCGAAAUUAGAGUCUCAUAAAGACGCUUUCGAUGUCUCUGUUCAAGCGAUUAUCAACAAGGUGACAAGAUUGAGAAAAGAUGUUAUGGAAGGGCGAACGAACGAUGRUUUCAUCGAGGAACUUAGUUGGAAGUAUGCUUUAUUAGAUGAAGGUGAGUAUGUGGGUGUUCAUGAAUGGGAUCCCUUUUUCUCGAAACCGAAACCGAACGAUGGGAAGAUCGAUUCAGACGGUUCUUCGGCUGAAGCAGCMAAGAAUUCCUGGAAAAACGAGCAAAGAGACCAUUCUUGACCAACUCUGUUCAGCAGCAUAAAGAUGUAAUGAAGGUAUGUUUGCUUACUUAGUUUUGUGGUCUAAAUUCAGGUUUAAAAGAAAGGAAAKGAAGCAGAGAAACCAUAAUUUUGCCACUAAAUAUAAUUAUAUAGCUGUUGAUUUUGUCAGAUUUCUGAUUCUUUGUAAUGAUAUUUAUAUACACAUGAGGUCUUAUUUCCCUUUUGUUAGCAAUUAAUCCAAGUGAAAAAGU